GCCUUGAGGGGCGUUUAGAAAAGUUACCUUUUAAUAUAAUAAGUAAUAAGUAAUUAAAUUGCUGAUAUUUCAAUAUAUUGUUGUCUUAAUUUAUGGAAGAUUCUGGUAAUAAAUGUAAAACUUCAAUAAUUUUAAUUAUUACCAUAUAAUUAACGUAAACAUUGUUGUAAUAUUACAAGUACUUGUUAAAUCUCACAAAAUUGUAUCAAAAAACUACCAAAAUCUAAUAAUCAUUACGAGAAUACAAUAUUUAUUUGUGAUAUCCGAGUGCUAUAUAAUAAUGUCACAACAUACAUAAAAUUACUCAUCUAAAUCAAAGAACAUCCUCAAACUUGAAAUAAUGGCUUUCAUCAUGAUUUUAACCGUUUUACUUGGUGCUCUUUGUUUGCAAGCAAACGCAUCACCAGAUAACAAUUUCGAUACAUACUAUUCGUAUCUUUGGGGAGGCGAUCAUUUUUCGAUAAAUCCCCAAAAAACCGAGGUCCAACUUAAAUUCGAUAACUACUCAGGUGCUGGAUUUUAUUCUAAAUCAAAUUAUGGAUCCGGAUUAUUUCAUAUCAAGAUGAAGAUACCGGCCAACAAAUCAGGAGGAAUCGUUCCAAACUUCUAUCUAAUGGCACUCCCAGUUGGUGGUGACGCAAGCCGACCUCAUUUUGAAGUUGAUUUCGAGUUUCUGGGAUCGACUGGAUUAUUGCAAACCAAUGUUUAUAAUAAUGAUACCGGAGGUAGAGAACAAAAAUUCCAGCUUUGGUUUGAUGCAUCGGCCGAUUACCACACUUACGAAAUUCUUUGGAACCCUUCCAAUAUACAGUAAGAUUCUUAUUACACGCAUAUAAAAUUACGAUAUUAGCAUUUUACA